GCUUUACGCACAGAGUCGAUGUACGUGACUUUCGUGUACCACAUGCUUAGUAGACUACAGUAGCCUGCGGCCGCGUGUCUUAGAAUUUAUUGCAGGCUUAGUUCUGAUUGCACCUUUUUAAAUGCCUAAUUGAGUUGAUAUGUUGGCUUAAAAACAUCUUUGUUUACUGUUAAUUCACAAUAUUAUUCUUGGUUGACGUCUUGAGGGAAAAAAAUAGAUAUCAUUGUCUGGUAAAAGAAGAUAUGUUGCUGCUGGAGACUUUCGUUCCCUGGUUGCUGUUGGCCUUCCUCGGACAGCAGGUCUCUCUGUCCUCCGGUAGGCGCACUAAGAACCGAGGAGCGGACAAGAGCGCGACCCCAGCCCCGGGCAGAGCGCAGGGGGGCGGCGGGAACAAGCCUGCAGCAAGCGGCCGGGGGAAGUUCUCCAUCAAGGACAAGAUGCAGUGCAUGUGGGAGGCAAAAGACGUCGGGGACACGGUGAGACUGUCGGUAAAAUGCGAGGCGCGCAUCAAAGGCGAAUCCAGCAAUGUGCAGUGUAAAUACAACGCCAAACCUCAGAGCUGCCCGGGAUACCAGACCGACACCAAGGGCUUCUGGAAACAGGUGGCCCGCGCCUUUAAAAGACUGCAAGGCAAAGUGUGCGAGGACGACCGGGCGCUGGUGAGGGCUGGUAUGUGUACGAGCGCGCCCCGGGGUGCGCACUUCAAGCUGGACAGGUCCUCCGUAGCCUUCGCUCAGUCCGGAGAGCCGGAGACCCCCCCGCCGCCGCCAUCUCGCUCCGUCUCCACCGCUGCGGCUCCGUCCGGACCGACAGCCUGCUCAAGGCGCGCGAACCACCGGAAAACGGCUGAAGAGAAUUGCAGCGGCUGGGCCAGUGUGUGCAAUUUCUUUCUAACAAUGUUGCAAAGUAACGAGUGUUAGAUUCACAUCUUUGUGGACAUGAUCAGACUGGAUACAGGAUUUAAACAUUUUCAUUUUGAAUCAGUAGCUAGUAGUCAGAUUUCUUCUCCACAAUGUGCAUUUUACAGAAGUGAGCUGAGAUAUUUUCAACUAUACCACAAACACGAGUAGCAAUGUAGCUACUCAUGUAGAAGUGGAUAUUAUAAAUAUCAAGUCAUGAAUCACCAGUGGUAGAAAGUAACUACCUGUAUAGUGAAUACGUUUUUUGACACUUGAAAUCUUUUGAAUAUUUUUUUCUUGGCUUUUCAACUUUUUUAAUAAACCCCCAUCAUCAUUCCAA